AUGGCAGCGCGCUCCCUCGGAGGUUCUCCACAUACUCCGGAAUCUGGGAUUCCAGGAGUCCGAGGCCUCCGACUCCUGCCCUGCGGCCUCCACGCCGCUGAAGCAGCUCUCCGGGGUUGGAGGAUGAAGGUGGAGUUGGCCAAGGCAUUGUGGCUUCGACCGAAGCUGCUACUCUUGGACGAGCCCACCAAUCACCUGGAUUUUCGGGCUCGCGAGUGGCUCAUGGAGCAAAUCGCCGAGUACCCGCACACAGCCGUGGUCGUCUCGCACGAUGUGGCCUUUCUGCACGAGGUCUGCAAGGACAUCAUUUGGAUGACGGAGCAGAGGCUGGAGACCUUGCCUGGAAAGAUCGUGUCGCAAGAAGAUCUGCUCCGAAUGCAGCGCCGGAAGCCUCUCCGAUUCGAGUUCCGGGUGCCCAGCGGCGAGGACCCGGUCUCUCAGGGAAUUUCGCUGCACGAUGUCGAGUUCACUUACGGAGACGGUGCUGGACUCUCUGUGGAGUCACUGCGCCUCAGUGGCCGCAGCCGAGUGGUGCUGCUGGGCCGGAACGGUGGGGGGAAGUCCACCUUCCUGAAGCUUUGUGCCGGGCGCCUGGAGCCAGGCCGGGGAAGUGUCGACCGCACGCCCGGGCUGAAAGUCGGCUACUUCUCCCAGGUCACCGAGGACCUGGAUGCGAAUUCCGAGCUCACUGCGGCGGAGUUUAUGCUCAAGCAGUGCCGUGAGGAAUUGGCCGAGCACGCUGGUUCCACCCACACUUCCCGCCUCACAGCCUCCAAGAAGGCAUUGGACUCCUCGGGCACUUCUCUGACGAAGCCGAAAGCCUCCAAGUCGGUCUGCGAAAAGCGGCUGUUGGAGGUUGCCCGAGGCGUCCUGAGUAGCCACGGCCUUGAUGGGGACCUGGCCACGAAGGUCCCUGUUGACGCCCUGAGUGGUGGACAAAAGGCUAGCUUGAAGUUAGCCGUCCUUUCGCAGUCGCCCGCUCACAUCCUGCUUCUGGAUGAGCCCACGAACCAUUUGGACGCAGAGGCCUGCCGAGCCUUGGCCGAGGCGCUGGCGAAGUUUCCAGGAGGGAUCGUGGCAGUCACCCACGAUCCUUUGCUCACAUAUCGCUUGAUCCAUUGCAACUGGAACAGCAGCGAACUCUUCCUCUGCCGUGAUGGUUUUCUAUGGAAGCAGCGGAACUUCAGUUCGCACAGCCUGAAGGCUUUCCAGGACCUGCCGAACUUCUGGGAGGUAUACCGGGCACUCGGGCAGUGCUACGAAGCCGAGAUCGCACGCCUCCAGGGUCCCUCUCAGGGUGUCCCUUCCCCGAUUUCCCUCAAAGAGGAGGAGAGGCCGGACUCUUCUUCAAGGUCGAUCCAACUCGGCAAGUCGCUAAGAGCCCGUCGCCCAACGAUUGAUGAUCUCGGCCUCGGAACCGGCGCCGGCGCCUCUGCCUCAAUGAGAGAAUCCCUGGAUGAGCGGGCCGCGCGUGCAACGGGGCACAAGCUCCAGCAGCUUGUGCCCCUUCUGCCUUCCGGGCACUUGCACUGCUUGAAGGCCCAAGACCUCCCCGAAACCGAGCAAACUGUGGAGGUGUGUUUUGUUCCCUUAUCGAACUGGAAUUCCGACACGUCGCCUUCGGUGCGUCGUCGGAGCAGCGUCAGCACACUGGCAUCGGGGCAAGCCGACACCACCGUGCCCAAGAAGCUUGCAGGCAGGUCCAUCCUACUCCCGGCUGGCAUCCUGCGCAGCACCUGGGACGUUUUGAGCCUUCUCUGCCUGAUUCUUGACCUUCUGCUUUGGCCACUGGACGUCUUCAGCGAGAAGUGGCCGUCUGCGCAAAGCUCCCUGAACGGGGUCCCUCUGCUGCUUCCGUGCUUCUGGACUUUGGACAUCUUGAUAGCCUUCUGCACACCAUACUACCGGAAAGGUGAGCUGGAGUGCCGGUACGUCCAAAUUGCAAGAAGAUAUGCUGGAGAGUGGCUGUUGUUUGAUGUGCUCUAUGUUGUGGUGGAUUGUGUGGCGAUCUUCGGGGAGCAGAUGCCACGGGAUCCGAUGGACACACUUCGCUUGACACAGUUCCUUCUCCGGCUGGUCCGGCUUACCAGAAUGAGCAAGAUGGCGGAGGGCAUCAAGAGCCGUUUCAAGUCCGAAAUGCUGAGCGCUAAUGCGAACAUCGUGCAGAUCUCCGUCCAGCUCCUGCUCAUUCACCACCUCACCGCUUGCUGCUGGUAUUACGUUGGCUCCUGGGAGUCUCCUGGCUGGGUGUCCCAGAACCUGGACAGCGCGACCGUCUCUUACAAGUACUCGACUUCGCUUCACUGGACCUUUUGCCAGCUUGGCUUCGGCGGCACGGAGAUCGAGCCCGUGAACACGGCCGAGCGAGCUUUUGGCAUUCUGUUCGCGUUGUUGGCUUUGGCGGUUUUUUCGACGCUGCUCGCGACGAUUGCCAGCCAGACGGCCACUCUGUCGAAGAGCACAGAAGAGAGGCGGCGCCUCUUCCGGCAGCUUGGCAAGUUCCUAGGCAAGCAUGGGAUCCCGCCGGAGCUCUCCCUGCGCAUCCACUGCUUCCUGGAGCAUGCUUACAACCUGAAGCAGCAAACAUUGCUGGAAACCACGGUCCCGCUUCUGGAUCUCCUCUCAAAGCCCUUGCGCGGUGAGCUGCAGUGUGCACGCUACGAGAGUUGCCUCAGGCAGCUGGACUUCGUGGCUUUCCUCCCGGCGAGCUGUCGCGACGAUGCCCUGCAGCGGCUAGCUCAUAAGGCCCUCCAGCAACGAACUUUUGCAGCGACCGACACGAUUUUCGAAGCUGGCAAUGUUGCUUCAGAGGCGUUUUUCUUGACGACGGGUCGCCUUGAGUACCUGCUCGGUUCUGCAACGCAUUCCGUUUCUGGGCACUGCUGGCUGGUGGAGAUGUGCUUGUGGACUCCGUGGCUUCAUCUGGGUGAGCUCUCGGCUGUGGAGGAUUCUGAGGUCAUCUCCGUGAAAAUCGAGCAGUUUCACGCGUCAAUGAGGCGCUCCUAUCACAUUCUGAACCUUGCCCAGGCAUAUGCGCAAAACUACGUGGAUGCCAUGCAUGGCUUUGUUCUGGUUACUGACCUGUGGAGGAAAACCUCCGUGUGUGCUGAAUGCGAGGAGGAAGUUCGUAGCAGUGUGUCGAAAAGACAUUCCGCUUCCUUUCGCUCGGGCAAGCCAGGCUCUGUUAACGCCAGGCACGGUUCAAAUCAUUUCAGCCCCCCUUCAUUUGCUUCUGCCAUUUGGCAGAAGCUUUUCCCUCCGACGUCGACGGACUUCAGCAGAAUCGCACCGCUGCAGUGA